AACAAGGAACAGUACGUACGGUACGAAGAAACUUCAAUCAAAACUACACCAAAAGAAACUAUCGUACUGUACAACACAAGUACCGGGAUCAUUAUCCAAAAUCAGACGGGUGAGCGAGAAAGCCAGAUACAACAAGGGCGCUCAACACGAACUCCCGCUGACGCAAACUCUCCAAACCGACCCCAAAAGCCAUCAAUUACUCUAUAAGCUAUGAAGAUUUCUACAUCCUGCGCUUUUGUUGCCUUCCUCGCAGCCAGCGGCACCGCGCCGAGUACAGCCUUCGCCCCUGCGAUCUCGCGACAGGUCCAUAAGAAUUUCUCUGAAACGGCGUCCAUCUUGGUGAAGGGAUCCGACGUCGCAAGAGCCACAACUUCGUCCCUGUACUCAGCAAAAGAAGAUGUUGCAGAAGUUCGCAGAUCUCGACCGAAGUACAUCCCGGGGGAGAUCCCGGACCCAGAUUAUGUGAGAAUCUUUGACACCACUCUUCGAGAUGGAGAGCAAAGUCCGGGUGCCACCCUCACAUCUCAGGAAAAGCUCGAAAUUGCUCGUAACCUUGCCAAGCUUGGCGUCGACAUCAUCGAAGCCGGUUUCCCGAUAGCUUCGCCCGACGAUUUUGCUGCGGUCAAACAAAUUGCCGAUGUCGUUGGAAACGAAGUAUUCGAAGACGGGUACGUCCCUGUAGUUUGCGGUCUGUCUCGAGCCUUUCCCAAGGAUAUCGAACGAGCAUGGGAUGCAGUCAAGGGAGCCAAGUUGCCACGAAUCCACACCUUCAUUGCUACCAGCCCCAUUCACAUGGAGACCAAACUCAACAAAACGCCCGACGAAGUUGUCGAGAUUGCGGUAAACGCAGUCAAAUUUGCAAAGAGCUUGGGGUGCAACGACAUUGAAUUCUCUCCCGAAGAUGCCGGUCGUUCUGAUCCAGAAUUCUUGUACAGAAUUUUGUCUGAGGUCAUCAAAGAAGGCGCUACCACCCUCAACAUCCCCGACACUACUGGCUGGAACAUGCCUUGGGAGUUUGGAGAUCUCAUCUCAAAUCUCCGCAAGAACGUGGAUGGUGCCGACAAGGUUGUUUUCAGUACGCAUUGUCAGAACGACCUUGGAUUGGCUACUGCCAACUCCUUGGCUGGUGCCAAGAACGGAGCGCGACAGUUGGAAUGCACCAUCAAUGGUAUCGGUGAGCGCGCAGGAAAUGCUUCCCUCGAAGAAAUCGUCAUGUCUUUGGCUCUCAAGGGAGAAACCCAUUUCGACGGAAGCCAGGGUUCCGGUAAACUGUACACCGCAAUCAAUCCGAUCCACAUCACAGCAACUUCUAAGAUGGUUUCGGAGUACACAGGUAUGAUUUGCCAGCCACAUAAGGCUAUUGUUGGUGUUAAUGCCUUCCAGCACGAAUCGGGUAUUCACCAGGAUGGUAUGAUUAAGAAUAAGAGCACUUAUGAAAUUAUGACACCCGAAAGUAUCGGUCUGAUGCGUGGCGAUGCUCAAUCUGGAGCAGGUAUCGUGCUCGGAAAGCACUCUGGGCGUAACGCUGUUGGAACGCGUUUGAAAGAAUUGGGGUAUGACUUGGAGAUGGACAAACUUAACUCUGUAUUCGAUCGUUUCAAGCAGGUUGCAGAGAAAAAGAAGGGUGGAUUAGAGGAUGAGGAACUCGAAGCCCUCGUAUGGGACCAAUCCGAUACACCUAACUCGUUAUGGAAGGUCAGUGGUCUUCAGGUUACGACUGGUAUGUCUGGCGUCCCUACAGCAACGGUAAAAAUGAUUGGCCCUGACAUGGUAGAACGAUUCGUUGCGACCACGGGAACUGGUCCUGUUGAUGCUGUAUACAAGGCUAUUGAUUUAAUCAUGGGCGUAUCAGUUGACUUAGAAACCUACGCACUGUCGGCUGUGAAUGAAGGCAUCGAUGUGAGUUACUUUGUUUUGUUCCUUUCGGGGAUCAUUACUAAAAUAUGCGUGAUAUUUGUGUUUGUGUCAGUGACUGAACCCCCUAAUACUUCGCUUCUACAAUUUUGCUUCUUGAUCGACCUGAAUAUCUUUAAUUUUAGGCAAUGGCAGUGACGCGGGUGACCAUUGCACCCAAGGAAGGGGGUCCCAAUGAUUCUCUUUCCAUUCAUUCGCAAUCCGGGAACUUGGAGGCCCGCAAAUUCUCCGGAUCGGGAUCCGACACGGACAUUAUGACCUCUUCAGCUCGUGCAUAUGUAUCUGCCCUGAACAAACUCCUAACAUGGAAUGCGAGAAGAUCUCUACAAGCUUCAAAAACUGACCAGGACAGUGGCCAAAUCACUUCCGAGUCCGUAGCAGCUGGACCAAUGGCAGUUACUGAAUCCUCGGCUUGAGCCAAUAUCAGAAAUGAAAUGCAUAUAAUACGUUUAGAAAUCACACUAUUUUUCUUCUUUCAAUUCUUUCGAAGCAUCAUAGUACUUUUACGCAGCAUGUUGAAAGACACAAUUAAAGGUAACAGACUCAA